GACGUCAGCCGGACAGCCUGAGGGAGUUGAGCGUCAGCUUCAUCGGCUUGCACAGUCAGGUAGAGGAGGUAGGAACAGUCGGGAACCUGGAAGUUCUACUGGUAAAGGGUUUGGGGAUCCUUGCAGCUACGCGUGCCAUGCAACAGUUGUCACUUGAGGAUCGCGAGGUCAGUCGAAUGACAGAUCAGUUUUCUUGGGAUGAAGUUCUCAGCUGGUGGGUAUAUCCCCACCUGAGGUGUUGCAAGCUUCAAAUGCGCAAGCUCUGGAAGCAGCAGGUGAAUGCAAGUACAGCUGCUGGGGUUGCGGACGUUUCGGCUUUGGGUUUGGAAGAUGGGGAUGCUAAGGCUCCGGGAGGUGGAAAGGCCCCCAAGGAUGGUACGCAGUCGGAGGCGACUGGUGAUGAUUCCAGUUCAAAAGAUCUUGUGCAAAGCUUGAAGAUAUCAGCGCUGAGGGCAGAUUUGGACAGCGCGUCACAAGCGCUGAAGGUGGUAUGUGUCGAGGGCCGCAAAGGGCUAAUAGACGGGGGGGCGACGUCCUGUCUUAGAACAGCUUACACGACUGAGCUGACUCUACCAACCAUUCCGGUUAAGUUGGCGUGCGGAAGCUGCGACUUGCAUAUCAAUGCCUAUGGGACGUUACUUAGCCGAACUCCGGUUUCCCCAAUUAUUUCUGUGAAGGCUUUGCUGAAGCUAGGGUACAGGAUUGAUUGGAAUGCCUCUAGAUGCCGGGUGUCUCAUCCAAAGUUUGGGGAGUUGAGCGUUGACACCCGCACUGGGUGUCCGGAGGUGGACGAGGAAGUAGCGUUGGAUUUAAUCAACCAGUAUGAGCUGUACGUCGGGCGUCAUGACAACAGGUGUGCUAGGUUGAAGUGUAUCAUUGAGGAUCUGAAGGAAAAGGGUUUGGAGGAUCUUCUGGAGCUUAUCCGAGCGGGUGACUCCCAUGCUGAUGCUGCCUUUAGUGUGUACAUUGAUCGUCUGUUUCCGGAGUUGAAUGCAGAGCUCAAGGAGCGUUGCGUGGUUUCUCUGCAAGAUGCGGUGGAAGAGACCUGGACAUGGAACCGUCGCACUCGAAGGAGAUGUAUGAAGUCGCAAGGGAUAGUGAUUCAUGCGUUCUGUGAGCAAGCCAAGAAGGCUCUUGAACACGUCUCGGAGCGGUGGGACUUUGUGCAUUUACCUGUAAAUGCUGCUGAGGAUCUCUUGAAUGACAGUACAUACAGGUACCUUCUUCAACAGGCGAGGGAUGGUCGAGUUCGAGGCGUGGUCGGUAGCCCUCCCAGUCGGACCUUCUCGACGGCUCGGUAUCUUCAGGACGGUGGGAACAAGGGCUUGAGACCUAUCAGGGUUCCUGGGGAAAGUGUCGGGGAGUAUGGGGUCAGGGAUCUGACAUGCCAGGAACAAGCCCAGAGGAAUGUGGAUGAUACCCUGCUUAUGCGAUUCUUAGUGUUGACGGCCUUCUCAGUGGAUUCCAAUAAGGGGCUUGGGAUCCCGGUUCCAGCAUGCCUCCUUGAAAAUCCAUGUCCGGAGAAUGAGAUGCCGGCAGGGCCACAGGAGAUAUCUGAGGAUGGCAGACAGGCUUCGGUGUGGAACACCCCGGAGUGGGAGCUGUUGGAGGGGAAGAUUGGGAUGAGCCAAUUUCGAUUCUUUCAGGGCCCCCUCGGACACUGUAAGCGUCGUCCCACCUGUAUCGGGACCAACAUUGAUCCAGAUCCUGAUCUGAUUGAGUGUAGUGUACCGGUUGGUCAGGUGGAAUACAUUCCAAGGAAGGACUUCAGGGCUGUGGCUGAGCGCUGGAGUGAAUGGGCUCCUGGACUGGUGCAGGCAGCGAGUAGUAUGAUGCAUAGGGCAUUCGCUCAGAUGAAGGCGACAGUGUCUGGUGGUUCGGGAUUGAAGAAGAUUGAUUCUGGUUUUAUUCAUCACCUACAGCAGAAUCAUACACCAUAUCGAAACGAUUGUAGCACAUGCAUUCGUGGAGCGGCCAAGCGUAAGCAGCAUCGAAGAGUGCUUACGCCACAGGCUUGGACCCUAUCGGUUGACACUGCAGGUCCUUUUGUCAAAGGGAGAGAUGAGCAUUCCUCUAAAGUGAAAUAUCUGAUAGUCGGUGUCUUGUCGGUUCCGGUUCUGGCGGUUGGAGGAGAGGAGGUUGAUAAGCCUUUGGAUGCCGAUCCAAAUCCGGUACCUCCUGAAGGGGGAGCUAUCAAUGAUGCUGAGUGGUUAGCAGGCGAAGCGCUGGGUGUAGAGGAAGCAGAUCCAGAGUUGUCAACCAAAGAAAUAUCAGAGGCCAAGGCCACAUGGAACGAGUGGGAGAAACUCGUCAAGUGUAGCAGGGAGGAUUGGCUGGCUGAGGCACAGUCGCAAGUGUUGCCAAAGGUCGAGAUUGUGGAUUUCGUUUACGUGGAAACUGUUGAGAGGAAGACUCAUGGUGAGGUUCUCACUGCUAUAGGAAGGAUGCAUGCAAGGGCCAGAGCUGAAGGUUUCGACGUAAGGAGGUUGCAUUCGGACCGUGGUCGCGAAUUUAACAAUAAGCCUCUUCGGGAUUGGUGUGCGAGACACUCGGUGCACAAGACGCUCGCUGUGGCGGAAGAACAUCAGGGUAACGGCCGCGCAGAAGGGGCAAUCAUGCGAGUGAAAAGCAAAGCUAGGAUCAUUCUCGAAGAAGCGGACUCCGAGAAAACAAAUUGGCCUUUGGCAGCCAAGCUGGCGACUCACGAGCUGAAGAAUGCAGCUAGACGAAAACUCAACAUUCCGGUUCAGGAGUCACUUCCAUAUGGGACCAAGGUUCAGGUGAUCAGUCGUAGUUGGAAGCGUGAAACCUGGGAAGCUCGCACAGCGACUGCAUUCGUUAGAUGUCCAUCGGCUGACAUGUCCCGGGGUUGGGUAGUAGAGACCGAGGACGGGAAGCUGCUGACGACCAGUAAGUUGUUUCCGUCGAUGGAUCAUGGGAAGGUUUCCUUUAGCAGUACAGGAGCCGCAGUUGACUUGGAUGCUCCAGAUUAUCGGCUUAGGGACAAAACCUCUGUUCGAAGCCUGGAACCACAGCUGCUGUGUGAGCCGUUACAUGAGUCAGAUCGGCUGGCUAAACAGUUGUAUGAGGAUGGUCGUUUCCAGCCAAAAGACCUGGCGACUCUUGCAGUGGCGGUAUCCAAGCUUGAGCAGGAUAGUGCUAGGAUGGUGAGGUUUCACUCCAAUGCCUCAUCAGGAGUGUCUUUGAGGAGGUGUAACUUCCUUGCAGGUGCCUUCUCAUAUGGUGGUAUGACAGGAAUGAAAGCAAGCACGCGAGAUCAUCCUUGGGUCACUCGUUACCUGACGAGAUACUUGAGCAACCACACGGAUGGGAUGUUUGCGGGUGUGGGUCUAAUUCUUAACACCGAUCAUCAACUUCACCGCGAUGUUCACAACCAAAAGGGUGUUGAGAAUAUUGUUCUUCCUGUUGUUACUUCCGGGGGAGGGUUGUGGAUUCAGAACAAAACUAAGACCGUGGCCGACAGUGAAGAGUUGUUGGUCAAGCAGUCCCCGCAUGGUAAGCCGCUAGUUGGACAGGUGCAUACUUACAGCGCGCACGAGGUGGUGAAGUUUGAUGCAAGUGUGUGGCACGAAUCAGUUAGCCCGUCGGGGCAACAGUUGCUCUUGAUAGGCUACACACCGCGGAGCUUACACAAACUGUGUGAUGCUGAUCGUCAGCUACUCUGGAGCACUGGGUUCACGCUUUUGCCUGCCAGUAAGGAUGAGUUUUGGGGGUAUGAUCGCAGGGAGGGUGUGUUGACAAAGCAUCACCGGGUUCCUCGAAAGCAAAUGUAUGCCCCAUCCGACCGCGAGUGGUUGCCUGUAGAUCGCAAGUACUUUGGGGAUGUUCGGUACUGUAUUCAGCAAUUUCGGGACGGAGAUCCUGUUCGAACCAUGUGUCUUUGGAGGCGUGGUCGUGGUAGAGCAUCCUCUCAGGCCUGGACUGGCACUUCAUCCUUCAAACUCCGGGACCCGUCUUCGGUAGCUGCAGCCGGGGGGGGGGAAUCGGAUGGUUUGAAGGGGUUGCAAGAGUCGCAUUUGAAAAUUUCCGAAGUUUCGCAGAUGCCUGUGAUAACAAAGGUAGAGGAGCCGGAGUUCUUGAAGCUAUCUGUGCCUCAGGACCCUCAAGAGAUCUCGAGUGGGCUUGUGUGUCGGGAUCAGUUUCAGGGGUCUGCUGCUGGGAGUUCGGUGGCUUAUAGCAGAAAUCUUUUGGAACCCAAGGGUGUUGAGCUAGAAGAGAAGAAUCCUAGAAAGAUUACUGUUAGCCAAGAGUUUCCUAGCUGCUGUCCACGAGAGGUGGCUCUACAGUGUGUGAGCGCCGAGCUUCAGAGACUUCAGAAGGUUGUACAAGGGGAUGGGGUUACAGGUGAGUCUGGGAAUUUUGGGAAUGGUAGUGAUUGGGAGGUUCAAAAGGAUGAGCAGUGGUUUGGGUUCAGGGUGCCAGCUAGGAUCUGUGGCUUGGAGCCGUGUCCAAGUACAAGGUUGGAGGGUACUGAGCAUCUUGAGCUUCAUGAGGUGAGCUGGCCAAUGCAGGUGAAUGUGUCGGGUGCUUUGGACUGGGUAGCAGGCCAACAUCGGGAGGUUCAGUCACUUCUGCAGGCUGUAGAUGAUGGUGGGAAUGAGUUCUCUGUGGAAGGUGAUAAGCCGUACUGGGAAGCGCUGGAAGCGCUUGAGAGUCAGGGUCGUGAACUGCAGAGAAUUGAGGAUGAGUUGUUGCAAUCAGCAUGUCCUGUGGUCUUGAGGAGCCUUUCAGUGACUGAGACGAUAGGUUCUGAGGACGGUGAGCUGUCAGCAGCUGCCGAGGGGACGGGGUCUGAUGGGGACACUUCUUCAGACCCACCAUCACUACAUACCAAAAUUAUUGGGGCAGACCAGGUGCGCCGAGAGCCGGAAAAGUGGAUUCCAUCCAUGACAGAUGAGUACCAAUCUCUGGUGUCCAAGACUGGUGCUGUCGAAGAGCUGUCAGAGGGGGAGUACAAGGUGCUAGCUGAGGAUCCGAACAUUAUCUUGGAAAUUAUUCCGGGCAAGCUAGUUUACGUCCACAAAACGUCCGGAAGGCGUAAAUCCAGAAUAGUUGGUUGCGGCAAUUUUUGCCGAGGCGACAGCAGCGAGCGAUGCGAGCUUUAUGCGAGCGGGGCAGGGGCCGAAUCCUUAAGAUUGAUGAUCCGAAAGUGUGCACUUCAACCCGAGUGGAUGCUGGCUUCCGUGGAUGUGCGAACCGCUUUCCUACAAGCGCCGCUACUUGAGAAGCAGAGAGAUGGCAAGCGUCUGGUUACCAUAGUGCGAGUUCCCUCCAUAUUGCGAGAGACAGGCGUGACGACCUGUAGGUUCUGGAAAGUUCGGAAAGCCCUAUACGGACUAGCUUCUGCUCCGAAGUCCUGGUCUAAUCAUAGGGACAAGGUCUUAGCUGGACUUCGAAUUCCUUGCAAGGGUGGCAUACUACGGCUAUCAAAGAUGAUGGAAGACGCAAAUUUGCUCCACAUCGUCAAGUUCCCAGAUGAGAGUGAAAGUGUUGGCUUGGUUGAGGGCCAGAAAGUUGGGGUCAUCGCUCUCUACGUUGAUGAUAUCCUGAUUGGAGCCGAGUGUUCUAUUUGCGAAGCUGUGAUUAAGGCCUUGCAGGAUCAAUGGGAGUUAUCAUCGCCAGAGUGGCUCGCAAAGCCUGGGGAUCAGAUGAAGUUUGCAGGUUAUGAACUUCAGAAAACAUCAGAGGGCGUCAGGUUGCAUCAAGAGAGUUACGUCCAGGAUCUUUUGGAGCAGAAUGAAGGGCUUAUUACAGGGGAAGAAAGGGCUCCUGCAAUCAAGAUGGGCAGCUUCGAUGAUGUAGAGAGUGAUGUUGAACAACGUGAGUUGACCAAGAGGGCUCAGGGUUUAAUUGGUCAGUUACUGUGGCUGGCUGGUCGUACCAGGCCUGACCUGGCAUAUGGAGUCAGCAUGGCGGCACAGAAAAUCGCUUCAAGUCCACGUGAGGCGUUAGCUCGGGCAGAGCACCUGGUGAAGUACUUGAGGUACGCCCCUGGCGUUGGUCUUCAUUACAAGGAGGCAGAUGGAAACUGCGGGAAAUGGGACCAAUUGAGGCAUAAGCAGACUGGAGACACAUUGGAUGUCUACACGGACGCUUCAUUUGCGGCGGAUGAACAGUGUAGAAGCUUUGGGUCUGUACAUCUGUACUGGGGAGGUGCAUUGGUGUCGUGGGCUUCUGCUCGCCAGACGCUUAUUGCUGCGCAUACGGCUGAAAGUGAGCUUUACUCUCUUGCUGAAGGGCACUUGAUGGGGAAGGCCUUUAGACCUACAGUGGCUGCUCUGAUGGAUGUUUGUGAACAGAACAUAGCAUGCCAUUUGUAUUGUGACAACGCGGCCGCGGUUCAGUUAUGCAUGCUGGAAGCUGGCUCAUGGCGCACGCGACACCUCCGAUUGCGGGGGGCUAUCAUAAGACAGGAUCUUGAGAAUGAUAUGUGGGCACUAGCACAUCUGGAAGGAGUUUUUAUGCCCAGUGUUGCUGCGAUGAACUCCACUCCAUCGGGGUUCAUGUCGACUUUCUUAGCACUUCUGUUUCGACAAAGGGGUGUAGUGCCCAGGACGUCGUACGAGCAAGGAUCUAUUCAGAUGUCUGCACGCGAGGCCAUCUUGGAUGUUCAUCCUCAGACUGAGGCUCGAGAUGAGCUUGGCUCUGGGGGAGCUCAGGGAAGUGAGAUGGUUUAUGAGGAUUUCGUUGAGGAUCCCGUUCCAACUGGCACAAGGGUUGAAGCGCAUGGGGCUCAUGGAGUUGAUUCUUCAGCGGUCGUUGAACCUCUCCUCAAUGAAGAACAUGAGGAGAUACUUCAGUACUACGCAGAUCUUCGAGGUGCCUAUGUACAGGCUGAAGAAGUUCCGGAGGGAAUCAGAGAGGAUGCGGUUCGUGAUCGAUUGAUUGAGGCCUUGGGUCCACCCAGAGCACCGACGGUACCUAGACCGCCAGGCUAUCCAGGGGAUGAUUUGGAGUGGUUUCGUGCGCCUGAGGGUUAUGAUGGAGUUGAGUUUGAUGACGGGUUGGACACA